CGGUAAUGCGCCAUGAAACUAAAUGACAACCGCCGAAAAGAGGCGAAGAAGAAGACGGAAAAGAAGAAGAAGAAGAAGAAGAAGAAGAAGAAGCAGGUAGAGCAGAGUUGUAAUAAUUGAAGCCUUGUUGUAUAGCCUGGACCAUGGGAAAGAAGAGUCGAUCAAGGAAGUCUCUAUCAGGAGCGAGUGCCAUGGCUUCUCCAAAAGAGAUGAUGAACCUCGUUUCCGAACUGCUGCAAAAGUGCAGCGGUGAAGCGCCAUCUGCCAGUGAAGAGUGGGAGGAAUAUGUUCAAAUUCAAAGUUUAGUGGAGAAGAUCCGAAAGAAGCAGAAAGGUAUGACAGUAUUAUUUGACGGUUCAAGAAACGACCAUUUCCAGGAUCUGGUGUCCUGGGCAAAAGAGAAUGGCGUCUCCUGUGAUGGUUUCAGAAUUGGCAACUUUGGAAAAGAAGGCUAUGGCCUCCAAGCCACCAGAGACAUUAAGGCAGAAGAAAUGUUCUUGUGCGUUCCGAGGAAGAUGCUGAUGACAGUGGAAUCGGCACAGAAUUCUAUUCUGGGACCAUUGCUCCGCCAGGAUCGAAUUCUCAAGGCCAUGGGCAAUGUUUCCCUGGCCCUCCACCUGCUUUGCGAGCGGGCCGACUCUGCGUCGUUUUGGCUGCCAUACAUCCGAAGUCUUCCUCAGGAUUACAGUACCCCACUGUAUUACCAGCAAGACGAGGUGCGCCUGCUCCUUGGCACGCAGGCUAUUCAGGAUGUCCUGAGUCAGUUUAGAAACACAGCCCGUCAGUACGCCUACUUCUACAGACUUUUUCAGACUCAUCCUGCUGCCAGUGGUCUGCCUUUGAAGGACAGCUUCACAUUUGAUGACUACAGGUGGGCUGUGUCUUCUGUCAUGACCCGUCAGAACCAGAUCCCCACUAAGGAUGGCAGCCAGAUCACACAGGCCCUCAUUCCUCUUUGGGACAUGUGCAACCACAUACAUGGACUGAUAACCACUGGUUACAACUUGGAGGAUGACCGUUGUGAAUGUGUGGCACUGCAAGAUUGUAAAGAGAGUGAACAGAUUUACAUCUUUUAUGGCACGAGAUCCAAUGCCGAAUUUGUGGUCCAUAACGGCUUCUUCUUCCAAGACAACGUCCAUGACCGGGUGAAGAUCAAGCUGGGCAUCAGUAAAAGUGAGCGGCUCUACGCCAUGAAAGCAGAGAUGCUGGCACGUGCUGGUCUACCAGUGUCUCAUGUAUUUGCUCUGCACGCCAAUGAAUUCCCAGUUUCACCCCAGCUACUAGCUUUUUUAAGAGUCUUCUGCAUGACCGAGGAGGAACUGAAAGAUUACCUUGUUGGAGAGUCUGUCAAUAAGGUCUUCCAGUUGGGCAACAGUGACUAUCCAGUCAGCUGGGACAAUGAAAUCAAGUUGUGGACUUUUCUGGAGACCAGAUUCACUCUCCUGCUCAAGAACUAUAAGACUUCCACCAAGGAGGACAGUGUCAUGCUGGAGGAAGCCGGUCUAUCUCCUCAUGCUCGUGCAGCUGUCCAGCUGCGCCUGGCCGAGAAGCAGAUCCUGCUGAAAUCACUGGCCAGCGGACAAGCCAGACUUGCAGACUUGGUCAAGAACAAGGCCGAGGGCCAACCUUUGCCUCGCUCUGACAAUGGUGACAUUACCAAUACUAACGCUGAUGUAAAGCUUCCAAUGUUGCCAGACAAGGUGGAGAAGGUUGAGCAGUAGAAGCAGGCUGACUGGGAAUGGAGGUAAGACGACAGUACGUAGAAGGUGUGCAGGAGUACAUCACUAAUCAACACAUAUUUGAAAUAAGAUCAAAAAUGGAUGUUUCUAUUUCCUAUUAAAAAUGUAAGUAUUUA